AUGACUCGGCUUUUACUUGAGCAUCGAGCCGAUUGCAACAUCCGGGGACACUUCCGGAGUAAGGAGAGGACAGUGCUGGAAAUGGCCGUGGACAAAAACCACCAGACUAUAGUCGACAUGAUCCUCGAGCAAUUGCAGGCGCCUCCAGCCCCGAGUGAAGAUGACGAGUGCCGUGGCUUUCCAGAUGCGGAGGUCCGCCUGGUUGACAUAGGCAACCUUCAACGAGAUGUUUGCCGAAAAUUCGCGUGUGGGCGCACUCUCGAAGACACCAUUCAGGAGAUUGUGGAUGGCGAUCUGGACCCCGCUACACAUCCCAAUUUUGUGCUGAGGCUUGUUGGGGGCUACGCCCGGGCCAAGGGCUGCGAUUGCAAGAAAGGUUCUGGACUCGUGACCACAGGCGUUUGCUAG